AUGUCCAUUGCCCGUGAUGAUCGGCUUGGUCAAAUACUUCCAUUUUUUAACAAAUUGGUAGGAAAGUAUCAGGAAGCUUACACGCCUGGAGAAGACAUUGUUAUCGAUGAAACGUUAAUUCCAUGGCGUGGAAGACUCAUUUUCAAGCAAUACAUUCCAAAUAAAGCGCACAAGUACGGAAUCAAGUUAUUCAAAUUAUGUUCAAGCAAAGGAUACACAUGGGCAAUGAAAAUGUAUUCUGGUAAAUCAGCAGAAGGCAUUAAAGAAACCGGAUUGGCACACAAUGUGUGUCUACAACUGGCAGAGAAACUUUUCUAUCAAGAAAAAACAUUGUAUAUUGACAAUUUUUAUACAAGUUAUGAGUUAGCUAUAUCAUGCCUAAGACGCAAGAAUCGUGUAGUUGGAACACAGAGACAUAACAAGAAAUCUAUACCAAAAGAUGUUCUUAAUUGCAAACUAAAAAGACGAGAAAUGGUAGCUAUAGAGGAUGAUAACGGGCUUGUGAUACUCAAAUGGAGAGACACACGUGACGUGAGAAUAUUAUCUACGAAACACGCUCCUAUCAUGACACAAAGCACGAAAAACAUUCAUGCUGCUUCUUCAAGCCAGCAGCCAUCCGCAAGACUCAAACCUCUGGCCGUCCUCGAAUACAAUAAGGGUGAAUGUGGUAUAGAUUAUUCAGACCAAAUGGUUUCCUAUGCUUCGACGAUGAGGAAAGGAAUCAAGUGGUAUAGGAAGCUUGGUGUUGAACUUCUACUGGGGACGUCUAUUGUAAACGCUUUGGUCGUUUACAAAAUUGCGACAAAGAAAACUGUAAAUGUUAGACGAUUCAGAGAACUGAUUUCUGCAAAGUUACUAGGACUGAGUGAAGAUUUAACACUGCCUUCUGUUCGACGAAAUACGCAUUGCAUCGCAGUUCGCAGAAAUAAUUUGGGGAAAAACCUUAGGCGCGCAUGCAAGCGGUGUCAUGCAAAUAAAAGAGAAGAACUGGAACGAUCAAAGGCACGAGCAAAUCUCCGAAAACCCACUACUUUUUGUCCAAGCUGCCCUGGUCAACCGCAACUUUGCAGUGGAUGCUUCAAUAUUUUACAAUGUAAAUAA